UUAUUCCCUCUUUCUGUAACUAACAAACUCAACUGCAAUCCGCGUCUAUUGGCCCAGACGGUUCAAACAAUUAUAUCAAACACAAGCACACUGAAACGCAUACGAUAGAAGCUUUAAUUUGACGAACGGAAGUCGCAUUAUGGAGUCGUCUCGAUGGACGAUGCCGGAAUUCAAGUUGUUGGUGCUUGUUUUGUUUGUAUUGAUUAGUCUCAGUGAUAUUAGAUCCGUUGCGCAACUUUUACCUGCUGAAGAAGUUGAAGCUAUGAAGUUGAUAGCCUCAAAACUACAAUAUAGCAAUUGGAAUGUUGCUAGUGAUUCAUGCAGCAGAGGUUUUGGGCUUAAUAACACAGUUACCUUUGAUGAGGAGGAACAGCUUGUGGACUUUGGCAGCAAUGUAACUUGCAACUGUACCGCCACUGUUUGCCACAUAUCAAGAAUCCAACUAAGAGGACUCAAUUUGGCAGGAGUUCUACCUGAAGAGUUUGCUAAUCUCACUAAUCUGACAGAAAUUGAUCUAUCUCGCAACUAUAUAAAUGGCACUAUUCCGACUCGUUUCAGUCAGCUUCGCGUUAGCAUUUUGAAUCUCAUAGGGAACCGAAUCAGUGGGUCUAUACCUGAAGAAAUUGGUGAUAUUUCUACACUUGAGGAGCUAGUCUUAGAAAACAAUUUGCUUGAAGGGCCACUUCCUCAAAGUCUUGGCCGUUUGCCCCGCUUGAGAAGAUUCCUUGCUUCUGCAAAUAACUUUACAGGAACCAUACCUGAGUCAUAUGGCAACCUGACCAAUUUAGAAGAGUUUAGGAUAGACGGCAGUUCAUUAUCCGGGAGAAUUCCUGAUUUUAUCGGAAACUGGACAAACCUCAUGAGACUUGAUUUGCAAGGAACAUCAAUGGAGGGACCAAUUCCCUCUUCAAUAUCUCUAUUGACAAAGUUGAAGGAAUUGAGGAUAACCGAUUUGGCUGGAACAUCAAGUUCAAGUUUUCCGAAUCUGCAAGCUAUGACACAGAUGACUAGAUUGAUCCUGAGAAACUGUUUACUUAAUGGCUCAAUACCUGAAGACAUAGGAGAGCCGAGCGAUCUCAAGCUUAUAGACCUGAGCUUCAACAAUCUGAGCGGUCCAAUACCGAAAUCGUUUCUUACACUACGAUUUAAUUUUUUGUUUUUAAAUAACAACUCGCUAUCUGGAGAGAUACCUGCUUGGGUAUUUUCGAGCAAACAAAAGAUCGACUUGUCUUACAACAACUUUAACCAGUCUCAACAAAAGAACUGUUACUCAUCUAGUUUGAAUUUAGUUUCAGCCCUUUCACCUUCGGCCACAAGCAACGAAUAUGAUUGGUGUUUGAAAGACCAACUUACUUGCAGCAGUAAACCCAACCUUCAUUCAUUAUACAUUAAUUGUGGUGGACCUAGUAUAGUCGUUGAUGGUAACGAAUAUUUACAAGAUUCAAAUGACGAACAAUCUUACUUUAACUAUAAUCCGGAUAAGAGAUGGGCUUACAGCACGAAUGGUGUUUUCAUGGGCAAAGAGAAAGCUCCAUUUAAAUCCCCUGACUCAAAUGGGACAGGUGGUGAUAUAUAUCUCACCGCUCGUUUUUCUCCAACUUCACUAAGGUACUAUGCACUGUGUUUGCGGCAGGGGAGUUAUAAAGUGAGGCUUCACUUUGCUGAAAUAAGUUUUACUAAUGACACGACUUUUAGUAGUCUUGGAAGACGCUUUUUUGAUAUAUCCAUCCAAGGAGUUCUACAAAGGAAAAACUUCAACAUAGUGGAAAGAGCGAACGGCGUUGGCAUUGGUACUUUCAUAGAUUUCGAUAAUGUUAUGGUUAAUGGAACGACCCUGGAGAUCCACUUGUACUGGGCAGGGAAGGGGACUACUGCUAUUCCAGAUAGAGGCGUAUACGGGCCUCUUCUAUCCGCUAUCGCAAUAACACCAAACUUUGACGUCAGUACAGGAUCAGGACUCUCUGGUGGAGCUAUAGCUGGAAUUGUGAUCGGUUCAUGCGCAUUUGUUGUGCUAGUGUUAGCCAUACUUUGGAAGAAAGGUUAUUUAGGUGGAGAUAAAGAAGAUAAAGAGCUUCGCGCACUUGAAUUACAAACGGGUUAUUUUAGUUUACGACAAAUCAAAAGUGCAACUCAUAACUUUGAUUCUGCUAAUAAGAUUGGUGAAGGAGGCUUUGGACCAGUUUACAAGGGUGUACUCACAGAUGGUUCUGAGAUUGCUGUUAAGCAAUUAUCCUCCAGAUCGAAACAGGGCAACCGUGAAUUUGUCACUGAAAUAGGCAUGAUAUCCGCUUUACAACAUCCAAAUCUUGUGAAACUUUUUGGAUGUUGCAUUGAAGGAAAAGAAUUAUUACUGGUAUAUGAAUACUUGGAAAAUAAUAGCCUUGCACGCGCCCUUUUCGGUCGUGAGGACCAGAAACUUAAUUUGGACUGGCCCACAAGAAAGAAGAUAUGUGUGGGAAUAGCACGGGGCUUAGCUUAUCUCCACGAGGAAUCGAGAUUAAAAAUAGUUCAUAGAGAUAUAAAAGCCACCAAUGUGCUUCUUGACAAGGAUCUUAAUGCUAAAAUAUCAGAUUUUGGUUUAGCAAAAUUGGAUGAAGAAGAGAAUACUCAUAUCAGCACACGAAUCGCCGGAACAAUAGGGUAUAUGGCUCCAGAAUAUGCAAUGAGAGGGUACUUGACGGAUAAAGCGGAUGUUUAUAGCUUCGGAGUGGUUGCGUUAGAGAUUGUCAGCGGGAAAAGCAAUACAAAUUACAGGCCAAAGGAAGAGUUUGUCUACCUCCUCGACUGGGCAUAUGUGCUGCAAGAGCAAGGUAAUCUCUUGGAGUUAGUGGAUCCUAGUCUAGGAAAAUACUCAAAAGAAGAGGCAAUGAGGAUGCUUUACCUGGCUCUUCUAUGCACAAAUGCAUCUCCCACCCUAAGGCCACCCAUGUCAUCCGUGGUCAAAAUGUUGGAAGGUAAAAUGCCGGUUCAGCCCCCAAUGGUCGUCAAACGAAGUCCAGGGGACCCAGACAUGAGGUUCAAAGCCUUUGAUUUGAUAUCACAUGACAGUCAAACACAAGCAACCACUAUCUCAGCCGACAGUCUAGGGCCUCCUUGGGUAAAUUCGUCAACUUACAUGGAUGAGAGCCAGGAAAGUUAUUCUUCAGAAAAGAAGCUUCUUCCCGAUUUUUAUUCUCGAUCAUUAUGAUGUGAUAUUUGAAUCAAUUGGUAAGGUUUAUAAUGUUUUUUGUUCAUUUGUAAUAAAUGGUUUAUAGACAUAGAUGAAUGAUUGGUAUGUAUUUAUGUAAAAUAUAUGCUCCUUUGUUACGCAAAUAA